AGAGUCCCACAACUAAAAUUUCAAAGCCAUGGAGGCACUAAGACUCUUCAUACUCUUCCUUCUUCUAUCAUCAAUAACAAUUAUCGUUGGAGCAUUCAGGGCUGAUGACAUGAUUGAUGAAGACGAGGACUUGAGCAACUUCGAUGAUUUUCUAACCCCUGAUUUUGGAGGAUCCAAGCCUUUGAUACGACUAAGUGGCCGCUCCCUUGCUCAGCAAAAACUUCCGGGAAAUUAUACCUGUGACGUAUAUCCAAGAGUUUGUCGUCUGAAGGGCAGUGCUGGACCAGAUUGCUGCUACAAGAAAUGUGUCAAUGUGAAGACUGAUAGCUUGAACUGUUUUAUGUGUGGCCAUAAGUGCAAAUCUGGUGAAAUCUGCUGCAAUGGAAAAUGCAGGAGCACGGUAUCCGAUAAGAAUAAUUGUGGUGGAUGCAACAUCAAGUGCAAACCUGGUGAAAUCUGCUGCAAUGGAAAAUGCAGGAGCAUGGUAUCCGAUAAGAAUAAUUGUGGUGGAUGCAACAUCAAGUGCAAACCUGGUGAAAUCUGUUGCAAUGGAAAAUGCAAGAACACAUCAAACGAUAAGAAUAAUUGUGGUGGAUGCAACAUCAAGUGCAAAUCUGGUGAAAUCUGCUGCAAUCGAAAAUGCAAGAACAAGUUGAACGAUACUAUAAAUUGUGGUGGAUGCAACAUCAAGUGCAAAUUUGGUGAAAACUGCUGCAACGGAAAAUGCAAGAAUACAUUGUACGAUAAGAAUAACUGCGGCGGAUGCAACGUCAAAUGCAAACCUGGUGAUCGCUGUGAUUAUGGGUUCUGCGGUUAUGCAUAAAAUUUUUGGUUACAAAGGCUCAAUCAAUACUUAUACUUUUUCAUUGUUUCUUCAUACUGAAUUUCCCUCUUUUCAUUUUGAUUACAAUUACAAAUUCUGUGAGAGCUAUGUAACAUAUAAUUACUUUUAAAAAUGCUUUGUUGUUAAUCACUUCUUACGUGAAUUCCAGUCUGGAGGGUGAGAGUGAUG